UUUAAACUGAUGUUUACUUUUUAGUGUUGUCGUUCCUAAGGAAAUAUUCAAAUGCAUAGGUAUGGUUUUUUUUAUUGUCAGUAAAAUAUUUUGCACUUUUUUUUCUUUUCGAUUGCACCUAGUAAAAUGAACAUAAAUCGAUUAGUACACUUUAGGUUGUUUUGUACUGCUACUCUGAGGAAUAAUAACGUUCUUGAGCAUGACAUUAAAAGUAAUCGUUUUGUCUAUCACAUUGCUCAUGUUCCAGGAAACCGUAUUGCUAAAAUUGAGUACAAAAAAGUAGAUGAUUUAUUAGUCUUGCAUCACACAUACGUUCCAGUUGCACUUAGAGGAAAAAAGAUUGGGCAUUCUAUUGCUAAAGAAGUCUUUGAUUAUUUGUGGAAGCGCAAAAUCAAUGUAGCACUAUAUUGUCCUUUUUUGAUAAAAUAUGUUAUAGAACACCCUAGCCCCCAAUUGAAUGACAUUUUAGAGGAAUUACCUACUAUAGAUACAAGUCCGUUUGAGUAUACUGAAGAUAUUACAUGGUAGUGGAAAGUGUAUUUGAAUUUCAAAUGAAUUAUGAAAAUUUUUUUAUAAUCUAAUAUAAAUCAUUUACGGAUACCAUCUAAACAACAAUCAUGGAAUUUGAACUUAUUCAAUAUUACCUAAGAAAUAAGUUUUACUAUAGUGCUCAAAUUGCAGCAUCUAGUGCUCUAGACAGCAAUAAAGGGUCAGUUUACAAAUUAUAUUAUGGAGUUUCAUUAAUUCUUCAAAAGAAUAUGUCGAAGGGAUUGUCAAUACUGGAUUCUCUAACAAAUAAUGAUUUACUUGGAUUAGCUUCUGUUUUGUCUAUGAUAUUUGCACACAAACAGUUUGAGUUCCCUGAUAUUAAUGCUAUAAAAAAUCUAGAACUCGCUACUGAAGAUUACAAUCUUGCCGAAGACGUAUUAUUUCACGCAGCAUACGUUUGUAUUCUUUGUGAAAAUUUGGAGGAAGCCAAGUUAUACGUUGAUCGUAUUCUGUCUGAUUUUCCCAGUUCAGUUCAUGGUUUUUUGGUUAAAGGAUGGUUAGAGCUGAAAAAUAAUAAUCUUAAAAGUUCCAGAAGUUGCUUCAGAGCGGUUUUGUCUCAGAACAACGAUGCUGUUGACGCAUACCUUGGAGAAGUCGCAACAGUUGAAUCAGAUGAUGCGAUUUAUAUGUUGAAUCAAAUUAUUGUUAAAUUACCAAACUUUCUACCGCCGCUUAUUGAAAAAUUGAAUAUGUGUAUGAGAAUUCAAGACUGGCCUCAAGUUCUAGAAACAAUUGACCGUAUUAUAGUUAUACAACCAAAUUGUUCAGUUGCUUUAAUGACUCAAAUUAUGCACAGCAUAGUCGUAAAUGGAAAAUAUGAUGAAAUACCAGAUCGGUUUUUUGAAAUUGUAGAAAAUUCAGAACCGUGUGCCCAUAUUUUUAUACAGUGGUCUUCUACAUUAGUUCGUAUUUGCUGUCAACACUGUGGAAUUGUUAAUGAGUGCAUUCGUGCUACACAAAUUGCUACUAAUAUGGAUCCAAGCGUUAGUAACAAAUUAGAAUUAGCGUAUCAGACACUAUUAUCUGGACAGCAUAGCGAAGCCAUCAGGCUAUAUAACGAACUCUCAAAUGACGACGAAUCACGUCCAAAAGCUAUUGAAGGAAUAAUUCUAUGUCAAAUCGCAAUGAAUGAAAUGUCUACACAAGUUGAAGAAAAAAUUAGUUUAUUAAACGAAAUCGGGGGAGAAUUGAAAUCUAACGAGCUGAUUUUUAUGAACGCUUUGUGUACGAGUGAUGUAAAUUUAAAAACAAAUUUAAUCAAAUUGGCGAUCGACAAGUUAUUUAAUUCUGUUGAAAACUUACCGUAUGGUCUAGAAUAUUUGACCAAACUCAAUCCGGCCAUGAUUUUGUUUUUCCUUAAAUAUAUAUCCGAUAAUAGUUAUAAAGAAACGACUUUGGAUAAACUGUUAAAAAUGUGUCCUGGUCUUAUUGAUUGUUGGAUAAUGUUGGCUAGCGUGCAAAACACAAGCAAAGCAUAUCAAUCUCUAGAAAAAGUCUUGGAAAUGGAUUCUACUAAUAUUGAUGCACACCUUAUGAUAGCCAACCUCAUGAUACGAGAAGGUGAUUUUUCAAACGCCGCUAAAAGCUUAGACUCGGGUCUCAGUUACAACCUUUCAAUCGGCGAAUUGCCUUUAUACCAUAUGCUUAACGGAUUAAUACACGAACAUUACAAACGACAUGAAGAGUGUAUUCGAGCUUUUGAAAAUGCAUUAAAACAUUUAACAAACGAACCUACUCUUAGUGCACGAGAUUUAACCACGUUAUAUAUUUCUUUGAUUCAAAGUUAUUGUAUAAGUGAAAAAAUCGACAAUGCAAACACAACCUUACAAAGUGCUUACAAUAGUUUAAUACUAAAAGGCACCGAAUAUGAAAAAGACUUAAAAUUAGCCGAAGCUAAUAUCGCAUUAUACAAAAACAAUACUAGCAGUGCGCUAGCGAUUUUGAAUGGUAUUAGUCCUGAUCAACACACAUAUAUUAAAGCUCAGGAAAUAAAAGCUGAUAUUUAUUUAAAGAGCAAUCUAGAUCCAGUUGAGUAUGCAGAGUGUUACAAGAAGUUAGUCGAUUCACAUCCCACCAUACAGAACAUGAUUAAUAUGGCAGAUGCAUAUUUAAAAAUUCAGGAACCAGAUGAAGCUGUUAAAGUCAUCAAAAACGCAUUAACCUUAAAAAACAACCCAUCUGUUUGUUUAAAAGUAGCUAAAGUACUAGUUGCAGCUCAUCGGUACACAGAAGCAAUAAAUUAUUACAACAAAUCUGGUAAAGAUGGUGCAAUUGAAUUGGCAAAUCUAUUAAUCAAAUUGAAUCAGUGUGAUAUGGCAAUAAAAGUUCUGGGGCCGCUUCCGUUGGAAGUGAAAGUUAUGCCAAUGUCGUAUGCUUUGGAAAAAAAAGGAAAUUUAGAAGAAACAUUGGACAUGCUUAAACAAUGUUCCUACUUGGAAAACCAAAACACAACUACGCGAUUGAAUAUUUUAAGACGUAGUGGUGAAAUAGCACAAAAAUUAGGUAAACACGAUUUGGCUAUUGGAUUAUACAAACAAGCACUUGUUCCGGUUGAAGUGGACAGUGAUGAAGCUAACGAAAUUAAGAUAAAGUUGGCCAACUUAUACAUGGAAGUAAACGAUUGGACUUCCUGUGAAAUUAUAUGCUCGUCGUUGCUUAAAGACAAAAACAAUGAUUUAGCACUUUUGAUAAUAGCAGACCUAUCGUUUCGACGCUGUGAUUUUAUUACGGCCAAAAAACAUUUCUGCAAGCUUCUGGAAAAACAUCCUACCAACUGGGCGGCUUUAGCCCGUCUGGUAGAGGUUGGUCGGAGAAUGGAUUCUCUAGAAGAACUAAAAACUACUAUGACGGUUACUUAUAAGCACAACAACCAGGCAGGUUUCCAUUAUUGUUUUGGCCUCUAUUGUUGGUACACGGCAAUCAUUAACGACGCGAUGGAACAUUUUAAUUUGGCCAAAAACGAUGUUGAAUGGGGACAACAAUCAUUGCACAAUAUGGUGCUUAUUUGUCUGGAUGAAGCAACUUUGAACUUAAGCCUAGCAAGCAAACUAAUAGAGGAUAUGAAACCUAAUACACCGGAGGAACAGAACAAUUUAAAGUUAUUAUCCACUUUUAUAUUGUUAUUGUCCAAAGACAAACAGUCUGUUGAAAAGGCAAUGAAUUUAUUUACUGAAAUGUCGCAGGAGUCUUACAAGAUUGCUGCGACAUUGGGCAUGGCUAUAGCGUUUGUUUAUCAAAAACAGGUGCAAAGAGCCCGUAACGUUUUGAAAAGAGUGGCAAAGUCGACAUGGCAGUUUGAAGAAGCCGAUUACUUGGAACGUAGUUGGUUACUUUUGGCCGAAUUGUACUUUCAGUCUGGCAAAACCGAUAUUUCUGUUGAACUAAUUAAAAAAGUGUUAGUCUACAAUAAGUCUUCAGUAAAAGGUUUAACGCUUAUGAGUGCUAUCGCCGAAAAAGAACAAAAAUAUGACGAUGCAGUCAGUCAUUACAAAAGAGCGUGGGCACUGUGUGGGCAAAAGGACUUUAAAAUUGGGUACAAGUUGGCAGUGGUAUUAUACAAAAACAAACAGUACACUAAAUCUGUCGAACUGUGUUUCGAUUUAAACACUACUAAUCCAGAACAAAUUAAAUUAAAAAAAGAAAUUUUCGACAAAGCGAGACAUUGUUUACGUUCUCGAUGAUUAAUUUUUUUUUUAUUAUUAUUAUUAACGAUCUCAUAUAUUUUUCUACAUCACUACUAUUCUAGUAUUAAGUAAAACAUAUGUAUAAUUUUAUACUAUUUUACAGAAUUUAGAUCUAACAUUAAAUGAUCAAAAAUUUCAUUU